AUGGCGGCCCAGCAUCGGAUUAAGACCCGAUAUGCGUACAGGCCACCAAAACACAUCCAGGAGUUCUACAGACGGCUCAGCGCUCAUCUCUGGAAGAAGCUGAAUGCCCAGAAGCAGCUCUUCAGGCAAGCCAUGAGGGAAGUGGAGGCGUGGAUCCGUCCGACCACCCGGCGAUACCUGCGGGGCACUUUCUCAUGCGGACGCAGAGCAGCCCCUCGCCGGAGCCGAGAACCAGCAGAGCGGGAAACAGCACCGCGCCUUCCAAAAGGCGUCAUUCAUGCUCCCAGGCCGCGCAGCACGCCAAGCAAGAUCCGAUCAGCCGACCACACAACGGCCCAAGCAGCAGCUAACCGGCAGGGCAUGAGCUUGAACAGGGGAACACUCCAAACCUCCAGCGACAGCACACAGGACGCAGCAAGGCGGCCAACUGGAGGAAUAAGCCGACAAGGACUCCACUCACAACCCGCCGGAAAAGGUACCCCGGGACUUCAGUUUCACAGCGGGACACUCGUGGGGACACGGAACAUUCCGGUCAGCGGAACACAAGUAAUCGAUGUUAUCGAGCAAGGAGCAGGGGCACACCCAGAUGGUCCCCAGAUUCCAGUUGCUUCUGAUAGUGAUUCAUGCUCCUCACCAGAUGAGGACAAGUUAGCCACUUUUGAGAAACAACUCGAAGAUGAGUUCAAAGUUAAGAGCGAAGCAGAAAAGCUGAUAAAGGCGUAUUCUACCGGCCGUUCCAAAGAUCAGAAACAUCUCAGUGAUGCUCAGAAAAUACUCCAUGACAGCAAAAGAAAAAUAGAAAUUUUGCGCAUGUUGAUUCUCCAACAUAAAGAAACACCUACAAUAAGUCCAUUGGAGAAACGCAUUGAGGAGUUGAGCCACCGAUUUGCGAUCGAGCGUGCCGUGGCUGAAGGAGCCAAACAUGCCAUCCAGAAAUUGGAUGGAAAGCCGCUUGUUGAGGCACAAUCAAUACUACAGGCGUCAAAUGAAAAGCUGGACCUCCUUAAAUAUUCCUUGCAGGAACGAGUGAAAGAACUUCCUGAUGGCCACCAUAGGAAGAGUAUAACCACCGAGGAACUGUCCCUUGGUUCAGUCAAAUCCAAGUCCAUAGCACUAACCGUUUUGGUUGAUUUAUAUUCUGAUAAAGAUUGUAAUAGCCAUUGUUACAAUAUUUAUUCUGAUUGUUUGACAGGUACUCUGAAAGUGCGAGUAAAGGGCUGUCACGGUAUUCUGGAGAAUGUACCUGGCAGACUAAAGGACCCGUCAGAUGUUCUCCCUGGCAGGAGUCCACGUCGAGGAAGAUUCUUAUUAAUGAACCGGAUCAGAAGAAACAACCGUGGCAGCAAUCAGAACAUCCAAGAGACUUUUGACUUUUCUAGUGAAGUCCGUACUCAGCUGAAGAUCGAUCAUAUUCCAGUGGGUUCAACAAGUUGGAAAACUGUUUCUAACCCAUCCUGGAAUAAGACAUUUAAACUGGAUUUAGAUAAGUCUCGGGAGCUAGAAAUAUCCUUAUAUUGGCAUGAUCAGAGAUCACUGUGUGCCACAAAGACUCUGAAGUUGGAAGAAUUCCUGUUGAACCCCAAACAGGAACUGUGUCUACAACUGGAACCACAGGGCACCCUUUUCAUCAAGGUGACGUUUUCCAGUCCUUUCACCCAGAAAAGGCCAAAGCUUCAAACAAUUAAGAAAUUAAUCUCCUCAAAACAAGAGGAGACCACCGAACCAGCUCCACUGGAGGAUGCAGCUAUUGAUGCUCAUUCGCUGCCAGAAUCGGAUACUAAGAGCGUGGAUUCAUCGGCGCCGGCUGUGGAUACUGAAACGGAAAAGACCAUCCAGCCAGCUCCAGAAGAAGAUGUUGUUACUGACAAUCCUAUAUUGCCAGUAGCCACUGAGAGCAUGCGCCCAUUAACACCUGAUGCUGAUACCAUUACAGAAGAGACCUUCCAACCACCUCCAGUGGAAGCUACAACUAUUGACAAUGUACCAGUAGUGGACACUGAGAAUGUGGAUUCAACACUACCAGCUAUCAACACCAUUAGUACAGAAACUAUCCAACCACCUCCAGUGGAAGCUAGAAUUUUUGACAAUGCUCCACUGCCAGUAGCAGUAGAGGACUCUGUGAGCAUGGAACCAUUACCACCAGCUAUUGUAAGCUUGCUAGAAAUGACAAUCCAACCAGCUCUAGAAGUUGAUUUAGUUACUGACCCUACUCCAUUGCCAGUAAAGGACACGGACAGCGUGGAGCCAUCGGUGCCAGCUGUUGAUGAAAUUACAGAAAAGACAAUUCAACCAGCUCCAGAGGAGGAUGCAGCUAUUAAUCCUCAAUCACUACCAGUAGAGGACUCUGAGAGCAUGAAGCCAUUGCUGCCAGCUGACGAUGAAGAUACAGAAAAGACAAUCCAACCACCUCCAGAGGAGGAUGCAGCUAUUAAUCCUCAAUCACUACCAGUAGAGGACUCUGAGAGCAUGAAGCCAUUGCUGCCAGCUGACGAUGAAGAUACAGAAAAGAUAAUCCAACCAGCUCCAGAGCAGGCUGUAGUAAUUGACACGCCUCAAGUGUCAGCAGUGGACAAUAAGAAAGUGGAAUCAUCACCACCUGGUGCUGCUACUGAUAUGGAAAAAAACAUCCAAACAUCAACAGAGAAAGAUGCAGUUAUUGAUAUUGAUAACAUUGCAGAAGAAACCACUGGACCACCAAAGGGUUUAGUUCGUGACGCUGUUCCAUUGGCAGAAGCAGAUGUGGAAAAUCCAUCAUCAUCAGCUGGUAUUCAGCAAGGAGCUCGGCUGAGCAUUCAGGAUUUUGAUUGUCUCUGUGUGCUGGGAAGAGGAGCAUUUGGAAAGGUGGGUUAUGGUGUGAAUUCCACUUUCAAUAUAAAAGGUGUCAAGAUAAAUGCUAGGCUUAUAUGUGAAAAGGAAAUCCUACAUACUGUGAGCGAAGUACAGCAUCCUUUCCUUGUUAACAUGUUGGCAAGUUUCCAGACUCAGGGUCAUUUUUGUUUUUUAAUGGAGUAUGCCGCUGGUGGGGACUUAAUGACCGAUAUUAGGAACAACAACUUUCAGCCAUUUUCCACAACCAGAGCUGUGUUUUAUGCGGCGUGUUGUGUGCUCGGCCUGGAUUUCUUGCAUCAAAACGAUAUUGUUCACAGAGAUCUCAAAUUGGAAAACAUUGUAAUUGACAUAGAUGGAUUUGCCAAAAUUACAGACUUUGGUCUUAGUAAACAAGGGAUGGGAUAUGGAGAACAAGACAGAACAUAUUGUGGCACCCUGCAUUACAUGGCACCGGAAAUGGUUUGCGGUAAACCAUACACAACAUCUAUUGACUGGUGGAGUCUCGGUGCAGUUAUUUAUAUAAUGCUGUGUGGAAUGCUUUUGCAUAAAGAUCCCAAAGUCCGUCUAGGAGCCAGCGAGAAUGAUGCCUGGGAUCUGAAGAGCCACCCUUUUUUUAAACAAAUAGACUGGUUCGCAUUAUUGUUUAAGAGUGUCAGGCCGCCAUGCGUACCAUCCAUCGAGGGACCAGACGACGUCCGCUACUUUAAUAGAAUGUACACAUCAUGCGCCCCCAUUCUGACACCGCCAGGCGAGUCUGAGUCACUAUCUGAUGUAGAGCUGGAGCUAUUCAAAGAUUUUGACUGGGUUUCCGAUAGGAUUUAA